GGGCGCCUGGCCAAUCACAACCCUUCCCGAGAAGCUCUUCCGGUGGCGUUUCCUGUCAGUGUUUGUAAACUGAGAAAAAAUUGGAAGUGCGACAAGAAAUAAUAACCUACAAAACUCUAAAAAUCAAAAGGCUUUGGCCCCUGAUGAUUUGGGUGGGUGUGGUCUCUUCUGUAACCCCUCAUCCUAAGUGAAGCCCCCCCUGUUCCCACAAACACACACGCAUUCAAACAACGGCGAUGACACACCAUUCAAACAACUCUGUUCGAGACCAUAUGAAAUGGGCUGGGUUGCUGGGCUGCGAGGCGGUGCUGUCCAGCAUGGCCCUGAUGCAAGCCAACAACAUCCCAGGCCAGAAGAGGAUGAUGUCACCCUUGGGUCAGGGGCACAGGUCCAGUCCCGAGAGUCACCAAACCCACUCGCAGCUUAGCCACAACCAACACGGACUCCAGGUCCACCACCAACAACCUCACCAAAGCCACAUGGGCCAUCCUUCAGCUGGGAGCUGUCCACCGCUGUUGAUCCGAAAAGACGGGGAUUAUCACUCAUCAAGACUGGCUGAUGGAAAGGACAUGCAGGCAAACCAGAAUAUGCAACCCAAGAAGAAGCACAAAAAAGCAGGAUCAUCCAGCAAAGUUAAAGUCGAGCAUUUUAUUCCGACAAUGGAUAUGGACGACGAUGACAGUUCCUUGAAAGUCCAGAAGAAUUUCAUCUGUGACCACUGCUAUGGAGCUUUCCGGAGUAGCUAUCACCUCAAGCGACACAUACUGACACAUACAGGAGAGAAGCCAUUUGCUUGUGAUGCGUGUGAUAUGCGGUUCAUUCAGCGUUACCACCUGGACAGACACAAGAGGGUGCACAGCGGAGAGAAGCCGUACCAGUGUGAUCGCUGCCAUCAGAGCUUCUCACGGACAGACAGGCUGCUGAGACAUCGGCGGCUAUGUACAGUGGGGAUGAGCAAAGAGGAAAGCCAGUACUCACAGGAAGCAUCUGCCCAUACAGCUUCCUGGAGCCCCCUACAGCCUUCCAACAACCGACUGACUGUCUGACCCCGCUUCACACAGAGACCCUACAGACAGCAGUCUGCAGCUCAGUAAUGUCGCACAUUGGAGCUCAACAGUACUGUAACCAGAAAAACAGCCUAGCUUAUACUCAACCAAACUUUAUUUUGCCCUCGCCGGCUCGUUCACAGAGCUUGAUAGUGGAUUUUUGUAUUUUUCUUAUCUGCUUUCCAUUCAUGAUACAGACAAAAAAGUGGAACGACUAAUUCACAGGUCUUGGUAUUACGGCAAUAACUGAAUGAAAUAAUGUACAAGUCUCCUUUUUAUCUAAAAAGUUUCCGGUAUUUUUUUGGGAUUGCUUCUGAGGGAUUGGAUUUUUUGACUGCAAUGUAUCGUGCAGCACCUCUUAGGUAUCCUGUUGACCUGCAGUCAUCUCAGUGCUGCCCUCUACUAUAUAUGGACAAUUUGCUAAAGGACACACAUACAUUACUGUUAAUGUUUUACGGUUUCAUUUCUCUUUUUUUGUAAAUGUGUGUUACUAAUGCUACUUUUCAAGUACCAGCUACUGCUCAUAAGGGAAAAGGUAAAUGCAGUCCGUGCUGCCACAUAUCCAAUAGUGAAAGGUGUUUUGUGACCUGAAAUAAUAUUGAUGUAAUUUUAUAUUACACAAUUUUAAACCUUACAGAGUAAAAUGUUAACUGGGAAUUAAUUUUCACUUUAUGUAGAAGAUUGCAUUAUUUCAACCCUAUUUUAAAUGGAUCUAAAAGGCCUGUCUUAUCUGCGUCUCCCACAGCUGUAGAACUACGGUGCAACAAGUACCCAGCACAACUGUGACGUACAAACAGGUUGAAAAACACUAAUGGCUAAGUAGUUGCUCCUCAGAUGUAAAAUGUCAAACUAGUCCUGGUAUUAGUUAAGUUCUGUGGUGCCUGUUUGCUCUCAUAUUCACUGGUCGACCUUGUUUUAGAGGGUUUUUUUCCUGACAGUUAAUAGGUUACACUGAUGAAAUACAGUAUAAGGAAGGACACAUUUCGCAAGCUGUUUUAUCUAAUAACAUGAUGUAAGAGCAACCUGUCUGUUCCAGGAAUUGCGCUUCUUGUAAUAACCCCCUCAAUAUAAAUGAAUGGUUUUACUGUCUCUGUUCCUAGAAAGCACUGUCAGUUUUAUUGUUUAAUGCUCAGCGAUUAGUUUUUUUUAAGACUUUGAAAGGCCAUCCUUUCAAGAGGGCUUAGCUGAGCUUGUUCCUGAGAUUUACAUUAGGACACAAUUCGAUUAAAAUCAGUCCUAAAAACUAUUUUUACUGGGGCUACAUGGGAAAUGUUGUUGUACCCAAUUCAUUAGUUUAGUUUAGCCCUCAUAAUCCAGAUCCAAACAGUUGAUAACCUAAUGCGACUCAUCCAUAGCUUUGACAUCUCACCUCCAAAUGUGAUCUGAAUACAGUGCGUGUCACUUUAUCUCCAGUUUAACCUUGAGAAUCUUCAAUGAUGAUGAUGAGCAAUGGGGCCACGCAGUGUUUUGUCCAAUGAAUACUUACAUUAUGUUAUCUUCAGGCCUCUGUAUGAUGAAAUCCGACUGUAAACACUGGACGGAAGAUGUUAGCUGGGUUGUAGAGGAUUGUAUUUUAGACUGGUACUUCUGUCGCAGCCAGACGUUUAGAUAAUGUGAAAGGACUAUGGGGCCCCAUCACUGACUUGUCUACUUUUUAAUGAAGUUAAUAUAUAUUUAAAAUGUAUUAGGGGUAGAAAAUAGUAUGUAUGGGACCUACAUUUCAAAAGAAAAUCAAAGUAUUUACAAAGUUAUAAUCCUUAGUCUGAUGAUUCCUUAUGAAAAACAGCAAGACAACCUUCAACUUGCUGUUAGGUGUAAAGUAAAAGCUGCCAUUCUUCUUUUUUUUGUAUAGCAGCCAUGAUUAGUCAACCGUUUAUUUCUUUUGCAUGUAUUUGUUGGAGGAUAUUGUAUACAUUUUGUUUUAGAAAAGAUAUUUUUUUAAAUUUGAGCCCAACCUUUUUUGUCAUUUCAGGGGUGAAUUGAAAUCAAUUGUCAAUCAUACUGUAGUGAGCGGAGUUUUAGGGCCUCAAGUCUUAAUAAAGCUGUUACACUUUUUAAACAAA